AUGUCCCGCCAACCGAAGCUACGGCCAAAGUCGCACAUCCCCGGCUUUCCAGAUGCCAUGUACGAUCUUGCGACAAUGUCGUCUAUGUCACAGAUGGAAGCUCGCACGUCGCUAGGAGAAGACAAGCACGACCAACGUGUCUUUCGCGUUAAGCGCAAGCAUGUUCUCAAGGCUUGUGAUCGCUGUAGAGUCAAGAAGACCAAGGAUGCAACGACCAGUAUGCUCAUUCAGCUUAGUGUGACGGGAAACAGCCAUGCAACCGCUGUUCCGCGUAUAACCAUCCAUGUCUCUUCCGGGAGAGGAAGGCUACGCAGACAAAGGUCUAUUCGCGAGGAUGGAUUUCCGGGAGAGCCCCUUACAGAGUCUCCUGACGGUUAUCCUUUGACGCACGCAAUUUUGGACCGCCUCGGACUAAUAAAACAGGCCGAGGAGAAUGCAGAUGAACAAGAUGAAGACUCGGAAGAUCUUCAAUACCUGCGGUAUAUGGCUUCUACUGAUUGCAGUGCAACUACCGAUCCAUCUCCAGAGCCUGUUACUCCCCCGGAGCCCUCUCCAAGCCACUGCAGUCCUGUGAAUCCCUCCACUAAGACCGAUGGUCCUUAUAACUGGGAAUACCAACCUGUCCACGCGGCUCAUCAUGAACAAUAUGCCAGCUACCAACAUUCUGGGUUUUAUAGCGUGACGAUGCCUCGGUCAGCGGUAGAAGCAACUGGUCAUGUUGCUGAGAGCAAGUGUUCUGAAGCAUUACCUCCAGUGUCUAACCCGGAGAACUCAUAUUACUUUUACACGGGUACCAAUGGCAACGCGGAAUCAACGAAAGGCCCUCUUCAUCCUGGAGUGACUGCAGGGCCAAGGACUCAUCAUCAUUCUACCGCCUUCACUUGCACGAUCAGCAAUCACUCUACCAGGGCCUUGCACCUAGCUGGUCAUCUUACCCAUGUGGUUAAACUUCUUGUGACCCUUUGUGGGGAGCCUUCCUGCUGUAUCCCUUUCUUAUUCAUCUUUUCCUUGGCUAGUAUCGCUUUUCUAUUUAUAUUCCCACCGAGGUCUUUCUACACGCGUAGGACGCCCAUCCUCAGAUCCCUUUCACCACCAAUAUCCAGCGUAGUAAACGCACGGUCCUUCUAUGGGAGACAGAAGCCGGCCCAAAAUCUGCCUGCCCAACUUUGGGCAAGGCCGAGGCAUUGA